AUGUACGCACCUGUACACUUUACCCUCUUUACAGGUGAAGAGUUUUAUAAUUUGAUGAGACUUAUGCAGCACGCUAUUAUAGUUCCUUCUUCUUCUACUUCUUCUAUAGAGAGAAGAAAAAGAACAACAAGAGUGAUAAAAAAAAAGGGAGGAACAACGACUUCUUCUACUUCUUCUUUAUUAUCAUCAUUACAGUUAUUUGGAUGGGGAGAGGCACUACUACACACUCUUUCUAAUUUGUUAGCAUUCCACGGUGAUGUUCCUGCGGUGGGUCGAUUUCUCAGUGUAUUGCUUUGUAGUUAUAUCAUGACACUAUUACACCAAUAUCAGAAUGAUAGUAAUAAUAAUAAUAAUAAUAAUAAUAAUAAUAAUAAUAAUAAUAAUAAUAAUAAUAAUAAAAAGAAAUCCACAGUUUCUCAGAAUUCAAGGAGUUAUGAAGGAGGAGAGGUAAAAGGAAAUGAAUUAGGCGCAAGAAAAGAUGCACAAAUACAACUUUUACGUAGUCCUUUCUUUUCAUCUUUACUCUCACGAUUGGCAUUAUUAUAUUUUCCUAUUUGGCGUACAUUUAAAGAAGAUAUAAAAUAUACAGAUGGAAAGAAGAAAACACGAGGAGGAGGAAAGGGAGGAAUGACAUCUCUCUCACUCUAUACACACUGUAUUCCAAUUCCACCCUCUCUACAGGAUCCUCUCACCAUGGAUGGUACAGUGGAUAAUGGCAAUAAUAAUAAUAAUAAUAAUAAUAAUAAUAAUAAUAAUCGUGGAAGUGUAGAAGAGGGCUCAUCAGCAUCAAGAGUACAUCGUACACGAAUUCUGCGAUCUGUGUUUAGUCAACACAAUACACACAAUAUAGGAGCUGAUAUUAUCUGGCGUGAGGAUUUAGAGAAGAGAGAUCAUAAAAAGAGUGGGAGUUUAGAUGGAAAGGGAAUCCAAACAGGAAAAAAAGAUAAUAAUAAUAAUAAUAAUAAUAAUAACAAUAAUAAUGAUGAUAAGAAUAGUAAAGAUGUGCCACUUUUAUGGGAACAUGUACAGGAGAUUGCAGUGUGUAUUGCAUUAGCGGAGAUUGGACGAUUGGCUCUUCUACAUAACUAUGUAUACGAAGCUGAACAAUCUAAUAAAUUCCAACAAGAAGAAGAAUUAAAAGAAAAGGAAAAGGAAGAAGAAAAAGAAUUAAAAGAAGAAAAAGAAAAAGAGGAUAUUGUAGAGAAUAAUGAGAAGAAUAGAUCAUAUCUAUUAUUUCUUCGCUGUGUACGGCGUUGUGGGAGUUUUAGUUCUUCUGCCAUGAUGAGUGGAAGUGCGAAGAUUUUAUUGGCGGCAGAAGAGGAAUGGCGACAACAACUCCCUGCAAAGGAAGAAGAAGGAAGAAGAAGAAAAACAACUAAUACUAAUACUAAUAAUACUACUAAUCAGAGAAAAAUGAAAGAAUUUGGAUUUUCAUAUAUGGAUAGUAAUCAUCGAUGGAUUACAACUUCUUUACAAUAUGUUUUGGAAAGAAUUUCUCAGGCCUCUGGUGGAGUUCUUCUUCCCUCAUCUGAAAUGACCCACCGUAAUAAUAAUAAUAAUAAUAAUAAUAAUAAUAAU